AUGCAGGAUACAUGGGGUUGCAUAAAAGGAACCUUCUCCUCCCUCUACUCCUCCCUCAGCUCUUCUCUUCCCCAGCAAUGGCACUCUUCCACUGCUGCUGCUCCCAUACACCUCACCACCGCCCCUUGCUCUCUCUCCUCCUCCUCCUCUUCCUCCUCCCACCCCACCCUCUUCAAAGGGCCCCUUCUCGUCUCUCUUGUUUCGUCGCUUUCCCUCGCGCUCCUCCUCUCGCUCCUCUCCUUCCUCCGUCCGGUCUUUCUCCGCUUCCGCGCAUUGCAAGCAGAGAGAGAAGCAGCCACCGCCACUGCAAACCCCCUUACCCCUUUUGGGGGGUUGGGAAUGGGGGUGGCACAGAGAGGGGGGGGCCAGGGCGGAGGGGGGGUGUUAACAGAUAGCACUGGUGUUGGUGCUGGGAUUGGUGGGGAAGAAAAUGGGAGAGGAGGGAUGGGAGGGGGAGGGGAUGGUGGUGUGGGGGUGAGUGGAGGAGGGGUGCCUUUGCUGGGUGCUACAGCAGCGUUGAUGCUGAACGAAGAUCGACGGCUGAGAUCGGCUGACUGGAUUAGGGCGAAAGGGGGAGCCUCGGCUGCAGCUGCUGCUGGUUCUGUUGCGGCUGGGAUGGGUCGGCCGGACCUCACUCCAGAGGACGUGGCUCGGGAUUACGAGGAGAUAGUUCGGUGCUACCAUGAGGGCAUGGCCUCGUCCUAUGAGUCCUUUCUGCGCGACAGCGGCGCCAUGUCUGCCGGCCGCUUCCGGGGAGGCAUGCCGCCCAAAUUCAGGCCCAAGCCGAAGCAGCGGUGA